CAAUAUCCAAUCCAGAAAUCCAAGGUAGGUUUACAAAGACACAGUAGUAGAGCUGUGAUCGACAGAUCAAACAAAUGAUUCCAGCCUCUUCAUAACGUGGUUGGAGUUCAUUAGCGGAGUCUACGAUCAAAUUGAGAGAGCAAGAGAGAGAGGAGCAAAUUACGAAGCAACAACUAGCUAAGCUAUUUCUAUUAGAGGGAUGUCGAGCGCAAACAACAAUGAGCCGGAGCGUGACACGUUGUCCUCUAGACUUUGCCCACCAGCUCAUUAUGAAGCGAAGAUAAAUCCAGUUAAGGAAUUAUUGAACUUACCAGUGCUUAAAUUUGGUCUCUUUGAAGUUGGGGGCUACAAUUGGAGGCUACGACUUGAACCUCAGGGAGUAUAUAUGUCCUUGUAUUUGGUAAUCGAUGAGCCAUGUAAGAUUGGAUGCAAUGAGGAGGUCCUAGUCGACUACAAGUUUUUCGUUUACGACUACAAACGCCACAAGUACGACAUCUUCAAAGAGAAAGGGAAGGAAUUGAGGGCAUUCACUAGAGAGAAGACCCAAUGGGGGUUUUCGAAGUUCCUUUCCUCGGACGGUUUCAAGGAUCCUCAACGGGGAUACCUUGACCACGAUUCUUGUAGGAUUGGGGCUGAGCUUUUGGUUAGCAAACCUGUAAGGACAAUGGCGACGCUUACCAUCAAAAACCCAUUAUCCGUCGAUAACACUCAGAAGAUCGAACCGAAUCCGACGAUCCAACGGUUCUGCACAUCUAAGUCGAGCCCUCAGUAUUCCGAAGCCUUUUCGCACGAAGAUAGAAAAUGGAAGUUAAAGGUAUGUCGCCAACAGGAAAAGGGGAAAGACAAAGAGUGGCUGUCCGUGCACUUAGAAGCGCAAUAUAUUUCUCCGGGGAAACUUCUUUUUGUAAGUGCCAUCUUGAGUGUGUUGAACACCGACCGUAAAAAAAUGAGGCACACCGAGUUGAGGGUUGGCUACGUGCCGGUGAAUACACCUGCGGUGAACCAAAGUUUUUGCUGUGGAGCAAUCUCAAUAAAGGGUUCAUUCAAGGGAAUGAACUGAAGUUUGCAGUCAAAAUCCUUACCGCAGUUAAUGUCACGAGGACUGACGACCUGGUUUGGCGUUGACAUUGGUUCCCCCCAAAACCACGUGAAUGUUGUCUUCCUGAUUUAUUUCCUUAUCUGAUCACUAGAUGGAGUGUUUAAUGUACCCAAAUUUCAGAUUUGUAUGUGGAAGAUGCCUAGUAUGUCCGCAAUCUUGUGGAAUCGUUAUGUCUUUGAAGUUUGCUCAGUGUAUUCUGUGUUUCCCGGACUGUGUGUAAUCGUAAUUAUGCUUAUAAUAAAAUCCUUGUGAGCCAUUUCAUAGUUUGCCC